AUGCCUUUGUAUUCAGAGGAUGCAUAUGGUGAUCCGGACCGAGGAGGUUCGAGGUCAGGUUCUGGUUCUGGUUCGGGCUCAGGCUCGGGCUCGGGUUCAGGUUCAGGUUCAGGCUCAGGCUCGAAUUCGGGAGCUGGCGCAAAUAUCGUGUAUCCUGGCCAAAGCCAGGGCCAGGGCCCUGGCCAAGGUCAGGGUCACGACCAUGGUAGUUCGAUGCUGAGAACAGUAUCUGGUAGUGGUAGUGGUACAAACACAAAUAAUACAGGCACGGGUGCGGGCACUAGCAGUGCCGCAAUCACGCUGCCACGGCCUCACUCCCAGGUUCAUUUGAACAUUGGGGGAAGUGGUUCGAACAGCGAAGCUGUUGGUGUUGGAAGUGGAAAUGGAAGUGGAAAUAGAAAUGGCCCUGGCCCUGGCCCUGGCCCUGGCCCUGGGCCAAGCAUGUUGUCGAUGCCCACUACCAUGGGCCACAACGACAGCGAAAAAAAGUACAGAAACAACAUCAACAUGCAUUUCCAGUAUCUACGACGCGCAGUACCGACGCUACGGUGGUGCGACGACAACUCGAUACCGGUGGAGUCGCUCGAGGGCUUGGCUCCUCCGUCGAAGGUCAACAAGGUGCAGAUUCUUGCCAAGUCGCACGAGUAUAUCCGGCACCUGGAACACAAGAACGUUUUGUUGCAGCAGAAGAACGAGCAGCUUAGGAUGCAGCUUGCGCAGUUCAUGCCCAAGUAUGGGGUUCCUCCGGGUCCACCGGGUCCCCCAGGUCCCCCAGGUCCGCCAGGACCUGGAGGGCCUCCUCCCAUGGGUUAUUUGAGCGAGCAGCAGGCGCAGGCUCAGGCUCAGUACCAAGCUCAAGCUCAAGCCCAAGCUCAAGCCCAAGCUCAAGCCCAGGCCCAGGCCCAGGCCCAAGCUCAAGCUCAGUACCAAUCACAAAUGCAAGCCCAGGGAAUGGUGGACAUUUCGUCCCCCAGCAGCAAAUCUUUGCCCCCAACACCGUUCUAUCGCCAGCCCAGUCAAUCACAGACCCAGGCCCAAACACCAGGCCAAUCCCAAAACCAAAACCAAGGCGCCGGCCAAGGCGCCAGCCAAGGCCCAGGUACAGCUCAAACACCAAGACACCCCCAGGGUCUUGGUCUCGCGCCAGGAUCUAUCCCGAACAUGGGCAUCCCUCUGCCGCACCAGCAAAUGUACCCCAUCCCUCCAGCGCCAGCGCCAUCUCAAACCCAAGGUCAACCCCAAACUCAAACUCCAGGCCCAAUCCCACACCAAAAUUACCAGUACCUCAAGUACCAAGGCUACUACCAACAACCAAACCAAUCUGGAGAUGAAUAA